AUCACAAGGAAGUUGCAUGACAAAGGGUCACAUAAUAAUUGAAGAUAUUUUUCGCAGUAAGAACAAGGGCGAUGACAUGGCAAUGAUAUCCCAUAGAAGAGAAAAGGAAAGAAAAAAAAUAUCCAAGACGAUGGAAACAAUCCCGAUCGUCCAUCUCAGCAAGUAAAAGAGUUCCUUAUCCAAAUACCAAAAUAUCAUUACCACUCACUCAACUGAACUGUGGACUAAAUAGAAUCCCAACUGAGCACCAUAUAAGAUCAUCUGAAGCACAAAAACUGAACAAGAAGAAAGGUAUCAAAAGGCAUCAAAAUGCAGUCAGCUUUAACUACCACUAUUCCUAUGGGAAGCAGCUUCUCUAUCAACUCACCACCAAAAGUUUUGGUUAGCUCAAACAGUAGUAGCAGAUUUGCUUCCUUCAAACAGAAUGCCCUUGCUGUCAACUAUAACUCCACAAUCUCCGUUUUUCCUGCAGAAGCGUGUGAAACAAUUGGGGGAGAGACCUGUUUGGCUGACAUGUACCCAGAAGUGAAGCUUCAACCACAGGCCGAAAAGCCCAAAGGUGCUAGACCAGAGGCAAUAGAGAGGGAGUACAUGGAUUACACAGAUCCCAGGACGGUGCUGCUGGGUGAAGCUUGCGAUGUUCUGGGAGGAGAAUUUUGUGAGCAGGCGUACCAAAUGGGAAUUCGCUAGAACAAAGCUCUUAAUAUAAUGAUGUGUUCUGUGUGUAUAAGUAACGCCCAAUUAAGUACAGCAUAGUUUCCUGUUGAAUAUAAUAUGAAUGCCAUUGCUUACCUCAACCAAAGAGAAUUGUCGAACAAAUCUUUCUUACGGUACAAAAAUGUCUGCCCCUUUACGACAUAAUGAUGCAUUGGACACCAUCAAUACCUCGAGGCGGCCUCUACUACACUACUGCAACUCAAUCUAUAUAAAAUUGCAGCCAUAUAUUCCUUAACAGUUUUGGGAUGACACGUUUUUGUAUUAAAAGAAUUGUGGAUUUACAACGAUCUCUGAUGAACCCCUCCAAAAAGGCUUUGGCGUUAUUUCUUCAUAUCAGACCAUCCCCAGAAUUAUGUACAGAUACAAGUUCUGGAAGAUCACUCUCAAAGAAAGCGGCAUGAAGAGCCCUAACGCAUUCUUCAGAUUCGCUGUCGUUGACUAUAAAUGAAAUGUUAACUUUUGAGGCACCUUGAGAUAUCAUUUGAACGUUUACUCCAACAGUCCGGAGCACAUGAAAAGCCUGCCCACAUCACACAACAAAUACAAGUCUCAGUACAUCUCACAUGAAAAAAAUCACAGGCAUCUUGAAACUUAACAUUUCAGUUUUCUUAAGACAAAUUUAACAUGUUUUUCUUUACUCUGUUUUCUUGUUCGCGUUUAAUAUAUCUCUAAGCCCUAACACAAUAUAUAUAUAUAUAUAUAUAUAUAUCAAG